CGACAACGUUUGGAGGUGUAGUCAAGUCACCUGAAUGAAGAAAUGGAAGAGUAGUUUUACAAAAGCGGGAACGAGAGUGAGAGUUGAAGUGAAAGAGAAGGAAAGAGAGAAACAAGCUCCGGGUACUAAGUCCACGCGCUGACAGUCAACGUUUGAUUUCAACGUGUCUGUUUCUUCCUCCGCCGUUGUGACAGGUUUCUCGGGCUUAACACGCACUUUUAAAAAGAAAGUUUCAAAGUUUUUCUUUUGAGAAAAAGACAGGUUGGUGUGUAGACAACUUAGUUUGGUGUCCCGGUUCGGAGGGAGGCUGUACCGGGACAGACCCACACAUAGCUACCAUCACAGCGACACAGACACAGCCCCGAGGACGGAGCCUGUCACCAUGCCUCUUCGACAGAAAGAUGCUAAGCGAGCCCUGGAGCUUCUUCAGCAGUAUCGGGCCAAGCUUGACCAGAGACAGCAGAACCAGAGCCAGACCAAACAGGGCCAUGUGGAGGAAGAUUCUCAGCUGCAGCAGUCUCUGGACAGAGUCAUCAAUGUCUUCCAAAGUCAGCUCUUUAGUGCCCUGCUAGACAUUCAGGAAUGCUAUGAGUUGACCGUCCUUACGGACAGCAAGUCUUCUGUGGGCCAGACAGAUGGUCCAUGGAAGCUCCCUGCCUCCUGUAACCUACCAACAGAGCUAUCAGCCCAGCCACAGUCCUCCUCUGGUCCCCUCAGCCCCCAGGCUUCUGGUGGGUGGUCCAAGCCAAAACCCUUGACCCCCAAACCCAAGUCAGUCAAAUCCCAUGCUGCUCCACUCCCAUCCGGGACACCCACAACAAAGCCAUCUUCCCCUGCAACACAGUCCAUUACACCACAGUCACAGCCAACCAAGGUGAAGUACCGUGCUCCCCCCCCUCCUGUCCAUCCUGGAGCCUCCAAAUCAUUGGCAUCAGAGACUCAUAUGCCCUCCUCUCCUUCUGCUGCCACAUCCCCCGGAUUCACUGUGAAUAGUGUAGAAACCCCCACUGUUUCCAUAAAAACUUCUCCUGGAGCAUCCCUGAAUGGAACAAAGCCACGUCUUACCUCUACCAACUCUGUUUCUUCAGAAAUCUCCAUCACCUCCACCAAUCCAGAAAAGGAUUCUCUCUCUCCAAACCUCAACCUGGUGACUGUCUCAGCCCUCGUCUCCAACAGCAUCCAAUGCUUUGUGGUUCCAACCACACCAGACAAAUCUACCAGCACCAGCACCACUCCUAUCACCAGCCCAGGUCUAAAUAGAGUCGCAGACCCUGUUGUUGUCUCUACAGCUCUUGCGACCAGCAAAGAGCCAGGCAUAGGCUCUCCCAGUACAAGUCCAACUAUCUCCAACCAGGGAGUAUUCACCUUCAGCAGCCGCAGCCCCACUGGUCCUCCGGGGCCCUUGACUAAACAUUUGAGUCCAACCAGCCCUGGGCCAGCAAAAGUCACUUUGACUAGUCCUAGCCAUGGUCCAGCCAGCCCCAGGCCAGCUACAAGCCCGCUGACCCCCAACAAGAAGUAUCGAUAUCAAGAAGAGGAAGGGGCGUCACCAGGUGCUCCAAAACUCCACCAACACACCUGCCAUCAGCAUCAGAUGGGUGUAGCCAGAGAACUGAGGGACGGAGGGACCUUGGGGAGCGAUGGAGGGACUCUGGGGAGGGACGGAGAGACUCUCAGGAGGGACGGAGGGACCCUGGGGAGGGAGGGAAGGGAGGGGAGGGAGGGAAGGGAAGGGGGGACCUGGAGGGACAGGUGCAACUGGAGGGAUGGGGGGACCUGGAGGAGAGAGGGAGGGGGGGCCGGGACCAUGGAGAGAGAAAGGGAACGAUCACUGGGGAGGGACGGAUCUUUCUGUCGCCACGGUGACCUGCGGGGUGCAGAGCUGGUUCAGGUGGCAGAGCGGGAACUGUCUCAGAUCCAACACGUUCACGGAUACGUCACUCACACACACAUCACGCCUGCUCAGGUAGAAUCACCUGAGGUUCACUUUGAUGACGAGGCGUGGCCUCAUCCAGAGGGAGAGAGGGUGAACGACGUCCCAGCCCCGCCUUUCUCCUCUCUCUAUUCACACAGCCACGCCUACUACCAGGCCAACCCUCCUCCAGUUGUUGUCAACACAGACAGCGUCGACACCCCACCAUAUGUCAAUGGAACAGAAGCAGACUAUGAGUAUGAGGAAAUCACGCUGGAACGGGGUAACUCAGGUCUGGGGUUCAGUAUUGCAGGGGGGACCGAUAACCCUCACAUCGGAGAAGACCCCUCUAUCUUCAUCACCAAGAUUAUACCUGGAGGGGCCGCGGCCCAAAAUGGACGACUCAGGGUGAAUGACUGUAUAGUCCGGGUGAAUGAGACAGACGUCAGGGACGUGACACACAGCGGGGCUGUGGAGGCGCUGAAGGAGGCGGGAGGUCUGGUCCGAUUGUGUAUAAGACGCAGGAGGAGCCUCACUGAGAGAAUCCUGGAUAUCAAGCUGGUCAAAGGACCUAAAGGUUUAGGAUUCAGUAUAGCAGGUGGAGUUGGAAACCAACAUGUCCCGGGCGACAACAGUAUCUACGUGACUAAGGUCAUCGAGGGAGGGGCUGCACACAAAGACGGACGGCUACAGAUAGGGGACAAACUUGUGGCUGUGAACGCCGCCUGUUUGGAGGAGGUGACUCAUGAGGACGCAGUGGCUGCCCUGAAGUCUACUUCUGACGUUGUUUACCUCCGCGUUGCCAAACACGCCUCCCUUUUUAUCAAUGACACCUUCCCUCCACCCGACGUCACUAAUUCUUACUCACCACAUCAAGACAACCAUAUAAGCCCCUACAUGAGCGGCAGCCAGUCUGUAAGCCCCGCCCCAUUGACCACGCCCAGAUACUCCCCAUUGCCCAGGGCCAUGACCGGAGACGACGAUGUCAACAGGGAACCUAGGCGGCUGGUGCUCCAGCGGGGGUCCACAGGUCUUGGUUUUAACAUUGUUGGAGGGGAGGAUGGAGAGGGAAUCUUCAUCUCCUUUAUUCUCGCUGGAGGUCCAGCAGAUCUCUGUGGGGAGCUACAAAAGGGAGACCGCAUCCUGUCGGUGAACGGUGUGGACUUGUCCAGUGCAACACAUGAGCAGGCAGCAGCAGCUCUGAAGAACGCAGGACAGACUGUUACCAUAGUAGCGCAGUACAGACCUGAGGAGUACAGUCGUUUUGAGGCGAAGAUCCAUGACCUGAGGGAACAGAUGAUGACCAGCAGUGUCAGCUCCAGCUCCACGUCGCUCCGCUCCACACAGAAACGCACGCUUUACGUCAGAGCGUUGUUCGACUACGACGGAAGUGCGCCAGAUCUGAGCACUCCCAAUCAGGCCCUGCCAUUUCAUUUCGGGGAUGUUCUCCACGUGAGCAGCGCUGGCGAAGAGGAGUGGUGGCCCGCCCGUCACCUCAGCCCCCCACCUCCAAACUGCCCUGAAGUUGGAGUCAUCCCCAGCCGCAGGAGGGCAGAGAAAAAGGAGAGGUCAAGGUUAAAGAUGGUCAGAGUGACGAGGUCUCAGGACAGAUCGGAUCAGGAUGAUAAAGAGCUGGUAACCUCUGGCACCAGCGAUAAUGAGAGUAGUUCCUCUGGCCAGGAGGAGACAUUACUCACCUACCAACCUGUCAUGCAGCAGGAAGUUAGUUACACACGGCCAGUCAUCGUGCUUGGACCAAUGAAAGAUCGGAUCAACGAUGACCUCAUCUCCGAGUUCCCUGACAAGUUUGGCUCCUGCGUCCCACACACAACGCGGCCGCGGCGAGACUACGAGGUGGACGGCAGAGAUUACCACUUCAUGUCCUCCAGAGAGCUCAUGGAGCAAGAGAUCCAGGAACACAAGUUCAUAGAGGCUGGACAAUAUAACAACCAUCUGUAUGGAACCAGCAUACAGUCGGUCAAAGAAGUCGCUGACAAGGGUAAACACUGCAUACUCGAUGUAUCAGGGAAUGCGAUAAAGCGUCUCCAGUUGGCAGGCCUCCAUCCCAUCGCUGUCUUCAUCAGACCGCGAAAUGUCGACAACAUCCUAGAGAUGAACAAGCGUUUCACUGAGGAGCAGGCGAGGAAGACCUUCGAAAGAGCUGUCAAACUGGAGCAGGAGUUCACAGAGUUCUUCACUGCUAUCGUCCAGGGCUCGUCACUAGAGGAUGUGUAUUCACAGGUGAAGCAGAUCAUUGAAGAGCAGUCUGGUCCUUACAUCUGGGUGCCCACCAAGGACCGACUCUGAAUAUACACACACAUACACUAUACACACACACAUACUACAUGAUCACACACAUCACUUUAGCUAACACUACCUACAGUACAUCUCUUAUUUUAUAUUAUCAGCCUGCUUCCUCUCUCUCUGUCUCUCUUUCUCGUACACACACAGAACUACACACAAACCCACACAUUUGCACAAGCACAUAAAGAUGGACGAGGCUGGGACUAUCUGGGACUGCCACUUCCUGAAGUGGGAGGGGCUAAUGUCUGUCCAGCAGCCUAUUGGUAGAUCUUCCUACAGCUCAGUUCCUUAAUGUUUAAGGAGGGGGUUCAAAUCAAGGCAACAUGUACCAUUAUCUAAUUUGAUUUCAUUAUUGUUCUUCUUAUUGUUGUUGUCGUUGUUGUUUUCAUAUUAACAAAGCGUAAUGCAUUCAUGUCUGGGUUUGUAAUGAUAAUAUUGUCACCCAGAGGCAGAUAUUUGCACGCUGUAGCUUUAAGAGCAUGUUUUUUGGACAAAAUCUUGAUCUCCUUUCCAGUAUGUCUGUCUAUCCUCAUGGCAUUUCUCCUGAUUAGUCUUUUUUCUAUCUUUCUCUCAAAUACCAUCCUUUCCUCCUCCUGUCCCCUUUAGACUACUGACUUUAGGUGAAAACUUGAUAACGUGCCCCAGCAUUUUGGUACCGAGAGCCAAAAUGAACCUAUAGUAAAAUUACUAAACAUAACAAAAAAAUCAUAAUGAGCAGUUUAGGAUUUCUCUGAUUGAGACUCUUAAUAUUUAUUGUAAAUUAGAUUUUGAACUUUAAAAUAGAUACGUAUGGCAUAAAAGCUCUAAAAGGCAAAAAACCAAAAACAUUUUUCUUCAACAACAAAUUAAGUAAAAAGGCCUCAUAGUUCAUUUGGAGCCCUGAGCCUGUAUUUAUCACAUUUUAAGAACCGAGCCUAAGAAUAGCUCAGAGAAAAAGGUUAUUUGCUAAGAGUAAUGAUUAGAAGUUAUUUAUUAAGCGUCUCAUUACCACAUCAUUAAUUACAUGUAUGCUGCGAGUAGGAGCAGCCAAUUUGAUUUUAAAUUGGUAAAAAGUAAAUUUUUAUUUGUGUGAAAUCCCUAACCUCACCAGUAGUAAUUAGCAUAUAUGUAUAUAUUUAUUAUAAAUAAAUAAAUAUACAAAUAUGGAUGAAAUAAUGUUAUAAAAUAGAAACUGGAGCAGGAAAUAAGCUCUGGUGUUGGUAGAGAAAACAGAUAUUGAUGUGCGGUUAAGGAAGAUGCAUGGAAAGUUUUGCAAACAAAACGGUUUUAUUCAGCUUUUUACAGCUUUAUUCUUGUUGUUUGCACCCUUAUAAACACAAGAAGCAUAGAGAAGAAAAUUAAUUGUAGUAGUCCUAUUAAAUGUUCAAAUUUAAAAUGCAAAUAGUGUAAAACAUUUCUUAUUAGAAUCCAAAAUAAUUCUUAUAGCUAAAGCAUUGCCCAUUGUGACCAAUGAUAGGUUGUACAAUUCUUCCAAAACACAUUUUAAAGGAUAAAAGUAAGGCAUUUUAAGUCCAAUGUUUUAAUUCAAGCAGUUUGAUAAAUACCGGCCCAGAUUCUCUGUUCAAAAAAAUAAAAACUUAUAUUACCCAAAUCUUUGCCAACCCUUCUCUUCCUCUUCCUGCUCUCUAUCUCAUGUUUCAUCUCUCUCCUUCUCCACAGUCACAAUGUGACAGUAGUCGAGCACUUCAGCAUUAAACAGUGUAUCUUUUUCUUCAUCAACACUAUCAUCACGAUCAUAAUCAUCAGCAUCAGCGACAUAGCUUUCCUAUUUAAUGCAGUUGCACUAAAGGGCUGGUUUCUUAAAAGCAUCUUAGCGUGACCAAACUAAUCCCAUCUCUGCGUUUCUGGUGUUUGGACGUAUGAUGUACUCACGGUACUUUCAGCCAUCAGUGGUUAUUAUGCUGGUUUGAAAGAGCUACCAAGGUCAGAGUCACUUGCUCUAUGCUAUUGUUGUGUGGUUGAAGACCCCAGGUGAACUCUUCUGGUAAUUGUUACUGUCAUGGCCCACUGAUCAACAGCAUUAGCGCUUUUUGCAACCGUUUUUUUUAAUGCUGGAUUUACAACACCUGAAACUAGCUCCAUUUGAGACCAGUGCUCCCAAGGUCACUCCAUUAAACAGGCACAUGGUGAACAAUCAAUGGGUUAUAUUUUGAGCUGUUAAAGGGUUGUAUCAUCAAAGGUGUUUUCAUGAUCGCGCAGAUGUCACAGUCUGCCCAGACAGAUCCAAUUUCUGGAAAAUGUUUUUAUUUUGAAGUUUCCUGCUUCAUGUAGGCGCUACAACAUGAAAUUUUACA